AUGACCACCUUUCUCCUCCUCCUCCUCCUCGCGGCCGCCGCCUCCACCACCUUGGCCCUCCAAGAAAUGGAGGCAAUUGAAGCUGCUAGAAGACUCACUCUAGAUUCUAAGAGUUGGGUUCAAUUUUAUGCCACUAAAUUAUUACGUGAUUCAGACCAAAAUGUUCAAGUGGGUGUGGCUCUCAGUGACUGUGCUAGAUUCUAUGAUGAAAAUGAGUACAUGUUAGGGACAUUGCUUGCUGAAGGGGAUUACACGAGUGACGAUGCUCGCACGUGGCUAAGUGGUGUGCUAGCCAACCAUAGGACUUGCUUGGAUGGUCUUGGUGAGAGAGGGUUCGGUCAAUGGUUUGCAGGGGCGAAGAACUUGACACUGUUGCUUGGUGAAGCCCUAGCCUUGUAUAAUGCCAAGGGUAGGGGCCAAAGGAGGGUACCACGUCGAGCAAACCAAAAUUCUGGUUUUCUCACUUCUUGGAAUCCAAGCACAUCCAGGGCAAACUUCAUAGUGGCAAAGGAUGGUUCAGGGACUCACAAUACAAUCAAGGAUGCAGUGGUUGCGGUUGCGGGGAUGGGCAAGAUGAGAUCCCAAAGAGUAAUAAUCUACGUGAAAGCAGGAGUGUAUAACGAGAAAGUUGAGCUUGACAAGCACACCACAAAUAUAAUGUUGGUCGGAGAUGGCAUUGAUCGAACAAUCGUCACCGGAAAUCGAAAUUACGUUGAUGGAGCUUCCACAACAAACUCAGCAACAUUUGGGGUAUCUGGAAAUGGAUUUUGGGCUAGAGACAUUACCUUCGAGAACACGGCAGGUCCACAGAAACACCAAGCAGUGGCUCUAAGGGUGAGCUCGGACCACGCUGUGUUCUACCGAUGUAGUUUCAAGGGCUAUCAAGACACUCUCUUUGUCCUCUCGCAGCGACAAUUCUACCGCGACUGUCACAUAUAUGGUACAAUCGAUUUCAUAUUUGGCAAUGCACAGGUAGUGUUUCAAAAUUGUGACAUUUUCGUUAGAAGGCCAAUGGGUCACCAAUCCAACAUGAUCACCGCGCAAGGAAGAGAGAUUGCUGAUGAAAAUACAGGGAUUUUGAUACAAGAAUCGCGUGUUAGGCCUGCGCUGGAGUUUGUUGCUGUCAAGAACUCGUUCCGGAGUUACUUAGGCAGGCCGUGGAAGAAGUAUUCGAGGACCGUGUUUAUGAAGACGGACCUUGAUGGACUAAUUGAUCCGAGAGGGUGGAUAGAAUGGGAUGAUGAGUCUGCUCUAUCGACAUUGUUUUAUGCAGAGUAUAUGAACACAGGAGCGGGUGGUUCUACUGCCGGGAGAGUGAGAUGGCCUGGUUAUCAUGUGCUGAGAAGUACUCAAGAGGCUAGUCCUUUUACAGUUGAAGGGUUUAUGCAAGGGAACUUGUGGAUUCCACAAACUGGUGUGCCUUUUAAUCAAGGCAUUUGA